GACUAUACAAAUUUCGCCUCUCACUCAAAUUUCCCCCCUCUUUCCACCUCAUUUCUUUCCAAUAUCCUCUUCCCUUCCGGCCUUACAGAUCCUCUUUCUCUUCACCUUUUCUUCAUUUAUAUCUCUCUCUCCCCACCAUUUCUCCAUUGCUUGUUUAUGUCUAUCAGGGAGUUUUUGUUUCUGAGUGUAAUUUGGGACUUUUAACUUGUUUUAUGUUGUUAGUUUUUGGUUCUUCGUCUUUGUGCAAAACUACAAUUACCCCUUCCAUGAUCUAGUGUUGCUCCAUUUUUUGUUUCCUUUUGUAGUUGUAACACCUCAAACCAGGUAAAACUAUCACCGUUGGGAGUUGAGAGCCGCCUAUAGUUUACCACAUAUUUGGGUACAUCUGUUUAAAUGGAGCAAGGGGCUCUUUUGAAUGAGCUGAAAGAGGGGAGGGAGGUGACGAAUCUGCUUAUGAAGCAUCUUCAUCUUCCUUCGUCUUACCAAACACGCCUAGUCUUGAUUGAGAAAAUACUCGGUUCCUACGAGAACGCACUUUCAAUUCUGAACUGCAAUGGUCUUGUGGUUGAAACUAGGCCCUCACUUAGCACGAUGGAAUCCCUUCCUUCCAUUGACCAUAGCAGCCCUGAUAAAAGAGAUGUGUUUAAAAAGAGGAAAACGUCGUCCGGGUGGACCGAGCAACUUAGGGUUUGCUCUGGCACCUCAUUAGACAAUCCUGUUGAUGAUGGAUUUUGCUGGCGAAAGUAUGGGCAGAAAGCUAUUCUUGGAUCAAAUUUUCCCAGGGGAUAUUAUCGAUGCACUCAUCGCCACUCACAGGGCUGUUUAGCCAUUAAGCAAGUUCAAAAAUCAAACGACGACCCUACCAUCUUUGAGGUGAAAUAUAAAGGAAGGCAUACUUGCAAUCAAACCUCUCACUUUGCUGCUACCUAUGUAUCAGUGUCAACAGAGUCAGAAAACGAAGGGAACUACUCUCCGAAAAGACAGCACCAGCUUGAAGUGAAACAAAAGCAAGCACAACAAGCCUUUUCGAGUUUCGGAUCGGGGAUUAAGGUUAAAACAGAGGACUUGGACAAUAGGGAAGACAUUUUCCCUUCAUUUCCAUUCCCUGUUGAAUCAGAACAAGUUAAAAAUGGCUCGUUCGUUGAGGCCCUAAUGGAAAACGAAAUCAUGGGAAACCUUUCUCCCGCGUUUAUAUCGCCGGCAACAUCUGAAUCUAACUAUUUUUCGAUGUCACCGUGUCACAUGGGCAGCUUCGAAUCUGAUCUUACGGAUAUAAUCUCCGCACCAACUUCGGUUACUAAUUCGCCAAUCGGAGACCUGGAUAUCUCAUCACUUGAUAAAUUGGAAUUUGAUCCAAGCUUCCCAUUUGACAACCCUGAAUUCUUCUAUUGAUCUAAGCAGAAAAGAAACACACAUAAGUAGUGCACUAAUUUGUUAGGGUAAAGCUCAGCCAGCAUUAGAGAAGACAUUGAUGAGUGUGACGAGACAAUAGACAGCAAUUUAUCUGUCUCAGGUUGAAGCCUGUCUUAAUUGGCUUGAGGGUGUUUCUUAUAUAACGAGAAAAAAGAAAGUUGUAAUUUGUAACCUUCCAUCCGUGUAAAAUUUUCUUAAAUCUUCAAUUUACAUGUGAUAGCGAUGUUUUUGUUGAUAAA